AUUUUAUCUUCCCUCAUGCCUAACCUAAGCGAGCGGUCGCCUUUCAGUGGUUCUGCGGCCCACGGGGGUACAUAUUGGUCUCAGGGCCAGAGAGACGGGGCCGUGAGUCGUUGUCUCUACUGUGGGACCGUUCCCGACCCGAGGAAUUCGUUGGGGCUAAGCAGAGGUGAAACUGGAAGUUGCUUUCCGCAACACCUGGAUCUUAAGAGGCAGGUCCCGGUCCCUGGUUCUUCGCCGCGUGAUCAGGUCCACCAACCGGAGCAGCAGCAUCUCAUGAGGCAGACCUCUCAGCCGGAUCUCGGCGACAGCCUUUACCAAAAGCAAGCCAUGUCAAGCCGGAGUGCUGCCCCGCUUCAUGGUUAUUUUCAAGCCACCCCAACUGGUCAGCCACCCGAAGAGUCUGGGUUUUAUAGAGAUAACUAUCACCUGCUCACGAAAUCAGCUUCGCAUUACGGGUACGGAGCGAGGGGGUUGAGGCCUUCAUGGGAUCAAGCGCAAGCGAGAGCCACACCUUCUGUGCAGGCCUCUGAUUCUACACCUAUCCCCGUGUCCCCACCCCCACUGCCUCCUCCCCCGCCACCUCCUCCCCUUCCUGUUCAUGAGCUGAGCCGUUUGUACAGGGAAACUUUGGGAUCUAAGAUUAUCUUGGACGCUCAGCGUAUUGCCGGCAGCUCUCCUUCACCUGCAGUCUACGGACCACAGCGCCAUCUUCCCAAUUACGCCGCCGAGCAGUCGUCUGUCUCUGCUCAACAACCGUUAAACGAUUUCAGCAGCUUGUCCCGGGAGCUCCAUCAGUCGGCUUCCACCGGUUCCGCGGUGGAUCCGGCUUCUCAGGGAAUGGACGGCACUCUCCCUCGUGUUUACGGACCUGUAGCCUCCCAGGGACUUCCUUAUGACCCAAACUAUGAUCCCAGCACUGCCUCGAUGGCUGCCACAGCAGGAAUGUCCUCUGGUUUUUCUCCUCACCAUCCUAGCGCUGCAGACCCCAGGAAGAUGGCAGAUUCUGCCUUUUUAGCAUUUUUACGAGGUGAAGGUUUGGCUGAGAGUACCAUCACUCUCCUGCUGCAACAUGGCUUUGAUUCCUUCUCCAUGCUUUCGAUGAUGGAGGACCACGACGUCCGCUCAGUGGCCCCGAAUUUGGCCCAGGCCCGCGUUCUUUCCCGCAUUGUGCUCGGUUACAAGACUGGUGGGACUGCACCACGUACCCGAUCCAACAGCUUCAGCCACCGCAACGACUAUUACGUGCAGCCCCAAGGUUUGACUAUGGAUCCUGGACUGAUGCAGCAACCCCCCACCACUAUCCAGACGGUGUCCCCCAGAUUGGGAGAGUUUCUCGGGAGAAGACCCAACAGCGCACCGUCACAACACCUUUUAGAGACCACCACUUAUCCAGCACCGCGCCCCCUGGCAACUGGAGCUUUACCAAUCAGCCCCGGAGGAUAUAGCAAUGCUGUAAACCAGGGAAGACCCUUCUCCAUGUACAACGCCCACACUGGCCUCGCCAUGUCUGCUCUUGGCCAACAGCCCCUACCCGCCCCAGGAACCCCUGGAGCUGCACCCAAAACCUUCUCAGGCUCUUAUUCCCCCAUGGAGCUGAUGAAAAGAGCCCCCAACCUUCCCCCGGCGUCGCCGGUAGCGGCUCUGAGCCCUCUUCACAGUCCGCAACUCCUCCGGAAAGGGAUCAACGCCGCUCCAGAGAGUAACGUUGUUGCAGCCGCUUCCUCCACAGCUCUCCGAGCGCAAAACCUUAACAACACCAAGUUGGUCGGACGCCGCACCGGUCCACCUGUCAUUGUCUCAACCAUGACCACCACACCUGACACAAGUAUCCGGCCCCAAAUAAUGAACGGGCCCAUGCACCCGCGCCCCUUGGUGGCGCUGCUGGACGGGCGCGACUGCACGGUGGAGAUGCCCAUCCUCAAGGACCUGGCCACCGUCGCCUUCUGCGACGCGCAGUCCACGCAGGAGAUUCACGAGAAGGUGCUGAACGAGGCGGUGGGGGCCAUGAUGUACCACACCAUCACCCUGACCAGGGAGGACCUGGAGAAGUUCAAAGCGCUGCGCAUCAUCAUCCGCAUCGGCAGCGGAUACGACAACAUCGACAUUAAAGCCGCCGGAGAGCUCGGCAUCGCCGUGUGCAACAUCCCGUCGGCGGCCGUGGAGGAGACGGCCGACUCCACCCUGUGCCACGUCCUCAACCUCUACCGGCGGAACACCUGGCUCUACCAGGCUCUCCGGGAGGGCACGCGGGUCCAGAGCGUGGAGCAGAUCCGCGAGGUGGCGUCCGGCGCCGCGCGCAUCCGGGGAGAGACGCUGGGCCUCAUCGGGUUCGGUCGGUCGGGGCAGGCGGUGGCGGUGCGCGCCAAGGUGUUCGGCUUCAACGUGAUCUUCUACGACCCGUACCUGCAGGACGGCCUGGAGCGCUCGCUGGGCGUGCAGCGCGUCUACACGCUGCAGGACCUCCUGUACCAGAGCGACUGCGUCUCCCUGCACUGCAACCUCAACGAGCACAACCACCACCUCAUCAACGACUUCACCAUCAAGCAGAUGCGUCAGGGGGCGUUCCUGGUGAACACGGCCCGGGGCGGCCUGGUGGACGAGAAGGCGCUGGCCCAGGCCCUGAAGGAGGGCCGGAUACGCGGGGCCGCCUUGGACGUACACGAGACCGAACCCUUCAGUUUUGCUCAAGGGCCCCUGAAAGACGCUCCCAACCUGAUCUGCACACCUCACACGGCCUGGUACAGCGAGCAAGCCUCUCUGGAAAUGCGGGAAGCCGCCGCCACCGAGAUCCGAAGAGCCAUCACGGGCCGUAUUCCUGACAGCUUAAGAAACUGCGUCAACAAGGAGUUCUUCGUCACCACGGCGCCCUGGGCCGUCAUGGACCAACCUGCCGUUCACCCGGAACUCAACGGCGCCGCCUACAGAUACCCGCCAGGCGUGGUCGGCGUGGCGCCGGGCGGCCUUCCCGGGGCGCUAGAGGGCAUGGUGCCCGGCGGGGUGCCCGUCGCCCACACCCUGCCCUCUGGUACCCACCCCUCGCAGGCGCCGUCGCCCAACCAGCCGUCCAAACACAGCGAGCCCAGAGAGCACCUCACCGAGCAAUAGCGGCGACAAGGGACUACCAGACCCCCAACCGCCCCCUCCUAAACCGGGACCAAAAGACAGUGCCCCUAUUCUGACAGAUUCUGGUGGAAUUUGUACUUUUAAUGUGUUGUUUUUAUUUUUGUAUAUUUUUGGGGGGGAGGGGGAGAGGAACGCCAACUGCCGUGGACUUUGUUUUGGGAACAUGCAUAAACAAACCCCCCCCCAACCCCCCCCCUUUUUUUUUAAACUCCUUCUCUAUCUAUCCCUGAUCUGCCGCCCUUUGACCCUUCCCCAUCUUCUGAAACUAACGUGUUGUUUAGCCACCCCCACUUCCUUCUCUUGAAAAAACUUAAAAAUCAUAUCUACAAAAAAAAAAGCUGAAAAUCAAUUAGCGUUUAGCAAGUGCAACAAUUUAAAAAAAAAAAGACCUUGCACACUUGAUUGUUGGAGUCCGAUGUUAUUCCUGUGGGAAAAGAAAAUUGUGACGACAAACUUAACGACUCAGGAAUACCCCCCCCCCACAGACCCCAAUUUUUUUUUAAGCAGUUUCGGUGGUGAGUUGAAGAAAAACUGAAAACAACGAGGCACAUCUCCAGUGUUUGACGAGUUGGGCACAAGUCCUGUUAAGUCGCUAUUGAUUAGUUGGAUGUUCCUAUAAGCGUCGUCCUGUGUGCUCCACUUCCUCUUCUACUAUUUCCUUUGUUCAGGCUCAUCCUGUGCUCUUGUCAAAAGCAAUAGCAGAAAACUCCUCAACCGUAGUUUGGCGAUCAUAGCAGAGCGAAGCAGCCACCCCACCCCCACCCAGCAAAUAUGCUUUUGUUUUUAGCGUGAGUAUUUGUAUUUGUUUCUUGUAUCAGGUGAAAAUUUAGCAUUCAGUGCAGUUCCAAUAAAAUAAUAAUAAUAAUAAACGAUUGAAACAAAACUUGUUUCCAAGUUUUGUGGUUUUAUUUGUGAAGGCCACAAGAGGGCGCCACAGUACCCGAUUAUG